AUGGCUUUCCUCCGGCUGGCCCAGAUCGCCGCUUGCUGCUGCUGCUGCUUGGCGGGAAGCGGCGCCCUGGAGGUCCCCCCGGGACCCGGGGAGGCCUCGGAGGAGUCGGGAACCGCCGCCGCCGACCGCUUCUUUCAGCCGGCGCAGCUGCACGCCGGGCUGGCGAUGGCUGCCGCCGUCUCGUCCUUCCGCGGGCCCGGGAACGGCGACCGGCGCGCCAACCGGGAGCUGCCCAUCUUGCUGUGGUGGAGCGGCGGCCUCUUCCCGCACUUCCCCGGCCAAACGGCGCGUAUCGACUGCCGGCGGGGCUCCUGCUUGGCCACCAAGGACCGCCGCGUGCGAGCUCACCGCAGGACGCGCUCGCUGCUCUUCUACGGCACGGACUUCCGGGCCUACGAGGCGCCGCUGCCGCGGCUGCCCCACCAGACCUGGGCCCUCUUCCACGAGGAGUCGCCCAUGAACAACUACCUGCUCUCGCACGGCGCCGGCAUCCGCCUCUUCAACCACACCGCCACCUUCCGCCGCGAGUCCGACUUCCCGCUCAGCCUCCAGUGGCUGCCCGACCUGGCCUACCUGCGGCGCCCGCCGCCGCGCGGCCUGCCCGAGAAGGAUCGCCUGCGCCGGCAGGGGCUGGCCCCGCUGCUCUACCUGCAGUCGCACUGCGACGUGCCCGCCGACCGCGACCGCUACGUGCGGGAGCUCAUGAAGCACAUCCAG